CUGGCAGGCCGCCGUAGUGACGCCAUCAAAAGGUGACCCUAGAACCUUGAGGCGCUUUCAGUUAUCUUUAUAAACUGUUUAAACUACACAGGAAUAAUUCAGGUGGUAUAUAAACAGAAGAAGCCCAACAGGAUGGCCAGCGCGCUCUGUUGCAGAGCCAGGGUGGUUACAUACCUGCCAGGGCUUCACGUUCUUGUGCGACGCAUAGCAGGAACCAGAUGUUUCUCAGAUGAGCGUCACAUUAACGUCACACCACCAGAUAUGGGACCGAGGACGGUGUGGCCGGACGAGAAGAUGGGUCCGUUCGGUCCUCAGGAUAAACGCUUCCAGCUGCCCGGUAACGUGGGAUUUGCCAGGCAGCUAGAAUGCACGGCAGAGCAGAAGUCCGGUCCUGUGCAUACAAUACUACCGGACGUGCUGACAGCUCCAUCUAACACAGAGAGGCACGAGUUCAUCCUGGCACAGUUCAUCACCGAGUUCCACGAGAACACGGAGGCUUCAUCGGCACACAAGGUCGACAGCGCGGAGGAGUAUUUCAACCAUUCCAGAGUGGAGUGUGCCAUCCAGUCCUGCCCAGAACUGCUGAAAAAAGACUUUGCGAUGAUGUUUCCUGAAGCCCCCUCCAGCAAUAUGAUGGUGCUCACUGUAACACAGAGAACAGAGAAUGACAUGACCGCCUGGUCUGAGGAGGUGGACCAGGAGAGAGAGCAACUGCUGGCUAAAUUCAUUGAAGGAGCAAAGGAGAUCUGCCAGGCGCUGCACACCGAGGGCUUUUGGGCCGACUUUAUCGACCCUUCCUCUGGACUAGCGUUCUUCGGCCCCUACACCAACAACACGCUGUUCGAAACAGACGAGCGAUACCGCCACCUGGGUUUCCAGAUCGAAGACCUCGGAUGCUGUAAAGUGAUCCGUCACUCGCUGUGGGGCACGCACGUGUUCGUAGGAAGCGUCUUCACCGACGCGCCACCGAGCAGCCUCGUCAUGAAGAAGCUGCAAGGAAAUUAACUCAUCAAGCACUUCAUAUCACAAUAUCCAAGAGCCCUGUAUUGAAAAUCAAGGGUUAAUCCGGUUUCCGCGCUUGUGUGCUCGCUGUGCACGCAACCAGAUCUGAUCAAUGGCACACAAUUUCUCUCUCACCGUCAGAUUUGCUGUAAUCCCUAUGGGGUGCUUGAUUUAUUUAUUUUUGUAGAUGAUUAUGACAAAGUGUAGAAAAGGUCAAAUCCAUGCUGCUUGAUUUCUGUUUGAGAAAUGUAAAAAAAAAAAAAAAAGAAAAAUGCCUUUUCUUUUACUUUGACAGAAAGAGUGAAAACUGACGUUUGGCAGAUUAUACAUGUAUAUUUUUUUUGUAGUAUUUAGUUGCCGUAGGAACUAGUUGACCAGCUUUGAGUUUUAGUAUGAAUUAAAUGAUAAUAGCGAGGGUUACAUUUUUGCUUUUCAUGACUCUAAAUGAAUUUGAGAUGUUCUGAAUUUCAGCUAAAAUAUUUAAAGCGCAAGACUCGCAUGUCUGGAAAUAUGGUUUAGAUGGGUGUAACAGUACAGUGAUAACAAACUGGGAAUAUUUUUUGGGAACAAUGUAUAGAUUUAUCAUCACAAGGAUAAAAGAUUGUAUGCCACAGUGUAAGUCUAUCACUAAAGAUCAUUUCUAUCAGACACAACUCCGAGAUCCUGCUCUUUCUACAACCAUGAUCCUCUUAGAUAAAAAAAAAAUAUUCCAGCAAUUUCCUUCUCAUUAUGUAAUCAAAGAAUUUAACCCUUGGAUAUGUCUCUGUAAAUGUCAUUUAAUGUUAUCCUUAAUUUAAAAAAAAAGGAAUAAACGGGUGCUAUUUA